CAACAUGGUAGACCUAGGCACUUUUGUGAGUCUGUAAUGUACAGUGAGGGAUAGGCUACAUCUAAAAUAUCCUGCGUGAUAAUGGCUACUCCGAUCACUUUAAAUCACACGAACUCGUGAUAUAUCAUCACAGCGAUCAGACAUUUAUCGACGGAGAGGGGAUCGGGGGCAUGGGAAUUUCUGCCGGGAGUGGCAGAAGGAGUUCUGUGUAUGAUCGGCUUCGACUGAUGAUGGUGUCGUCCAGGACAGUGACAAUCGUGACUCUCUCUGUUGCCUUGGGUUUAUUCUUUGUCUUCAUGGGAACCAUUAAAUUGACGCCAAGACUGAGCAGAGAUGCUUACAGCGAGAUGAAAAGAGCUUAUAAGGAAUAUGCCAAGGCCCUGCCAGUGUUAAAGAAGAUGGGUAUCACAUCAGUCCUGCUGCGAAAGUUAAUUGGCACACUGGAAUUGUCAUGUGGCAUUGUGAUGACACUGGUACCUGGGAGGCCCAAGGAUGUGGCUAACUUUGUACUGCUUCUGGUCAUGCUGGCUGUGCUUUUCUUCCAUCAGCUGGUAGGUGAUCCACUCAAGCGCUACGCCCAUGCACUUGUCUUUGGGAUCCUGCUGACCUGCCGGCUACUGAUCAUUAGGCAGGGGGAUGACAAGGACAUGGUUCCAGGAGGCCUGAUGAAGGAGGUGCAAGCUAGUGGAGAUACCAAGGCUGAGACUGAACAAGACAAAGGGAAGCUUAAAACCUCCUAACUCGGCUCAUAGCAGUGGAGUUUGGGCACCAGGCAAAUUCCCCCCGGAAUCUUACAGGAUAUUUAUAUCACACUGCAUUCAGUUAGAAGUGAAUGAUUAAUAUUCCUUGAAGACCUGGUGACAGGAAAUCUCAGAGAACUUACAGGACCUCUCCACUGAGACAAAAAUUCAGUUCGAUCCCAAUCAAUAUUCUUCAGUAUAAAAUCCUCAUGUCCCCAGUCUGUACUUACCUGUGUUCUAUAUUAAUGUUAAACACAUCAGCCAAGGGGGAUCAUUCACAGUUGAAAAUGAGACCUCAAAUUCACUUCGUGGAGAGAGGGAGGAAGUGACAACCUCCAAAUAAAGAGAGAGUUUCACCAACAGUGAAGUUUCAACUUUGAACUAGGCUCCCAGAAGUGAUAAGUUCUCUGGAAGAUUCAAUCCUACACAUGCCAGUGAAAUGAAACCAAACUUUCCCCAAGGUCAGACUUCUGCUUCUUGUAGACAAAAGUUUUUCGUGACUGGAGUCAUUGCAAGAAUUGGAAAUGAUUUACUUUUCAAAAUGCAACAUAUAAACUGGACAGUACACAGCAGCAGUAGCCAUGGGCAUCCAGAGAUUACGUCAUGGAAGCUGGAUGGAUUUCAGCUACAAUUUCCACUCCCUCUCCCCAUUACUUAUGUCUCUCUCUCUCUCUCCCUCUCUCUCUCCAUCACCUACCUCUUUAUCACCUCCCUCUUCCUCCCCAUUAUCUCAUCUUUCUCCCUAUAGCCUCUCUAUUGCUGUUUCUUCCCUCUCUUUUCUCUUUUUUCCUCACUCUGUUACUUCCCUCCCCCCCCUCCUCCAUUAACACACUCAAUCAUGUUGCCGAUAACAUUUUUUUUUCACUUCAGUUAUUUGUUAUGAUGGGUGAUUAAUGAAAAAAGUUGUAUUGUAGGGAAGGGCAGUGAGCAGACUGAAACCUUUUAUCACUAGGAGGAAUUGUUGACUUUCAGACGAGGGGAUUGUAGCUGCUUUAAAUAACGUGGACGAUGGGAACAAUUGGAUGUCAGAAUUGAAUUAUCUGUAGCCUCAAAAUAAAGAGAACAGACCCGAUUAACCAAAUGACUGUUUAUCCAAAUUUCACAUUACAAGAUGAAAUCAAUGUCAAUGCUGUUGGCUUUAGUGAAUCCGUGCAUGUUAUCUUAUUUUAUUUAAUAUGUUUUGUUAAUUACUCUCAAUUAGAAACAUAAUUUCUGGAAAAUCAAACAAAAAUGUUGAAAAAUAAACAGCCACACUGACAGAAUCUCUUCUGUAUUACUUCAUGUCACUACUGCAUUUUUCAAAACUCAACAGAAAGAUUCUCCUCUCUUGAAGGUGCUGUCACUGGAACAUAGGUUUGCUACUCUCUGCGCGCGCUGACUUUCACUGGUUGGGUGCUGGUCCACUCAUCUCCUGAAGGUGCAGAUUCCAACAGGAUGCCGGUCCCCUCCUCUCCUGAGGUUGCUGACUCCAACUGAGACAGAGAUGUCCUACCUGACUGCAGGUGCUGACUUGCAAUAGGAUGUGAUUGAUUGAUGCUGGAAAUGUUCUGUCUCUCGCCUCUAACCAUUAUCAUGUCACUGUUUAUCAUAGAUGUUGGUAGUAAAAGGAUAAGUAUAUGUAGGGUUAGGAUUUGUUUUACAUUUUAUAUGGUUAAAGCUUUUACUUUAAUUUUACCAUUAGACAACUGUUGAUUUUUACUGCAGCUGCAGCUAAUGAAAUAGGAAAAGUUCAUUACCAGGAUGCUUUGGAAUUUAAUGUGUCCAAGUACAAUACAAACGCCUGUGCUGUUAGAUUUUGCUAAAAUCCAUGUCUUUAUUAAUUUUUUGUGAAGUUAGAUAGCUGAGGCAGUCCUGAGACACAAAGUGGGACAAUGGAACCCAAGAUAUCAAUUUAAAUCCCCAGUGAUAGCCAAGUUGUCAUCUUUUGUUUUCAAGAAACUAUACCUUCUUAUUUACAAUAACACUUGUCUUGCCAAAGUGAAUCAACAAGUAUAGUAAGAAAUCAACGAUAAAGUUCUUAAGAUCUUUUUGCAUAGUCAGGUUCAGCAAAGUUGCAUCCCUAACUGGGGCAAUUCAGUAAUAUUGUUAAUUCCUCUGUGUAUCUCCUGGUCAAAUGCAUUGUGCAUGUUUGGUCUUUGUUAAAUACAAUAAACAGAGUAUGUUGC